AUGGCGCUGCGGGUUCAGAGGCGUCAAUUUGUAGGGUACACCGUGUUCACCUACACAGCCGCGGCCUGGUCUGUACUCGACUGCUUACAACCGAGCUUAUCAUUCCUGGAUGCGUGCUUGAAGCUCUGCGAGGGCCUCAACCUGGUUGUCUUGUGCAACUUCGCCAUUGUCAAUAGUAUCUUGCUGUGGAAGGGCCUGACGCGGUUGCUGUUCGGGGAGCUGCGACUGCUGGAAUACGAGCACAUCUUCGAAAGACUGUCCUUUACGAUAGUAAACUGUUUCUUCAUGUCUUCAGCCUUUCCAGAGUACCAGUUCCUGACUGUUAUGAUACUUUUCGCUCUGCUCACAUUUAUCCGGGUGUUUCACUGGGUGCUCAAAGACCGCCUAGAGUACGUGUUUCAGCACACCGACGAGCGCACCAAUAUCGCUCGCCUAUUGUGUUCCCGGUUUUUCCUCAAUGUCAUUAUAUUCGCCGUUGUGGACUACCAGAUGGUCAGAUUUUGCCUGCGCAACUCGCUAACAAACAAGCAUGAUCCGUCCCCAAGCGCGCCUGUGUACAUUUUGUUCUGCGUCGAUUUCUCAAUGUUACUGGUUGAUGUGGCUGAGGUGGCUAUGAAGAGCGUGAUAAACUUGAUUGAGCUGAUUCAGUGCAAACGAGCAUUUGAGCGUGAUGGAGAUGAUUUUGUUGGUCUCGACGGCAAGUUCAUGUAUGAGAAGCUAGUUCAGCUUGUGUGCCAAGUGCUUAAAUUGGGACUCCGCGUCGCGUCACUGGCACCUUUCAGCAUGCCUCUUAUGAUUGCCAAAGACAUUAUAUGGGACGGAAUUGCCCUCUUUCACACGGGCAAGUCUGUUUGGCGCACUUGGAAAAGCAACCGCCAGAUUGACGAAAAGCUACCAGAUGUUACUGAAGCACAGCUAAAUGCCUCCGAAGAUAAGAUGUGCAUUGUUUGUAUGGAAGAUAUGUUGCCUCCAAGCGAGGCAACGAGCGCUAAGCACAAACCUAAGAAGUUGCCUUGCAACCACUGCCUUCAUCUUGGCUGCUUGAAAAGCUGGAUGGAAAGAUCCCAGACGUGUCCUAUAUGCCGUGUUUCAGUCUUCGAUAGCAAAGGCAACGUCGCGCUGCCCAAUCAAAACGCUGCACAGCAACCAAUUUCAGAAGAUGCAAGUGUUGCACAACAGCCGUUAUCAGCGGCAAAUGAGUCUAACUCGACGAGCCUGGCAUCUACCCAUACUGGAAGUUUGGGGGCUGUGUCAUCGAGCAAUCCAAACUUUCCAACCUGGUACACAUUUCCAGUCACUCUUUCUGAUAAUGAUGGCGCAGUUGACUUUAAAGUGAGAGACAUCAAUGGGGUCGAGAUCAACGCUAAGCUGAUUAUUAAAAAGCGCCCUGGUUUUGAUGUUCCGAAAGAACAAGACCAAGAGUCACAAAGAGUGGUCAUAAAUGACCCACCUGCUACUCAAUAUCAAGACAUUGAAAGACUAAAAAGGAGGAUUUCCGAGCUUGAGAAUAAGGUGGACGAAUUAACGAAAAAGGCAAGGACUGAAUGA